GCAAUGGCUGAAGAAAAGUUCUCUAAAUUGCCUGAACUCGUUAAAACCUCUCGAUAUGAGAUUCAGCUUUCGCCGUGUUUGAGAUCAUCUACAUUUAAGGGUUUUGAGAAAAUAUAUUUGGAUAUUUUGAAGCCAACAAAUUAUUUUAAACUUCACUCGAAAGAAAUUGAAAUCGAAAAAACUUCCUUGAAAUUGGCUGAUGGAACGGUCAUUAAAGAACUGAAAAUUGAGCUUGACCGGAGAUGGGAGUUAUUAACUGUUCAUUUUCCAAAUGAACUCGCACCGCAAGCUGUGGAACUUGACUUGGAAUUUAUUGGAGGAAUUUCUAAUGAAUUGAAAGGUUUUUAUAGAUCUCCCUAUAAAGAUGAGGCUGGAAACAAGAAAAUGCUGGCUAGUACACAAUUUGAAAGUGUUUAUGCUCGACGUGCAUUUCCAUGUUUUGAUGAGCCUACUUAUAAAGCAAAUUUUGAUAUUCAAUUGGAAGUUGAUGAACAAUUAACUGCUUUAUCUAAUAUGAAUGUUACUGAAGAAAAAAUUAUUGGAAAUGGCAAAAAAUUGGUGACAUUUGCCAGAACUCCAUUAAUGUCCACUUAUUUGGUUGCUUUUGCUUCAAAAACAAAUGAUGGAUGUAUUGUUCGUGUUUAUACUGUGCCUGGAAAGAAAGAUAAAGGACAUUAUUCACUUUCUGUUGCCGUUAAAGCUAUUGAAUGGUUCUCUGAAUGGUACGGAAUUAAAAUGCCUCUUCCAAAAUGUGACUUGAUUGCAAUUCCGGAAUUUUCGAUGGGAGCUAUGGAAAAUUGGGGUUUAAUAACUUUUCGUGAAGUUUGUAUUCUUUGUGACCCUGUUUUGACCUCUUCAACUCUAAAGGAAAGGAUUACACAUAUUGUUUCACACGAAGUCGGGCAUUUUUGGUUUGGAAAUUUGACAACAAUGAAAUGGUGGUGUGAUUUAUGGCUCAAAGAAGGUUUUGCUUCAUUUAUGGAAUAUGUUUUGAUUGGCCAUAAUUUUCCGGAGUUUAAAGUGUGGAUGAACUUUAUCAGCUCACGAAUAAUGACUGCCAUGGAGAGGGACAGUCUUCGAAAUUCUCACCCAAUUGAGGUCCCAAUUAACAAUCCAAAUGAAUUAGAAGAGAUUUAUGAUGCUAUAACUUACGCCAAAUCUUGUUCUGUUAUUCGGAUGUUAUUUAAUUAUUUGGGGGAGCCAACAUUCCAGAAAGGAGCGCAAAUAUAUCUGGAUCGUUUUAAAUAUUCAAAUGCGAUUACAACUGAUCUUUGGAAAUGCUUGAAUGAAGCUUCAGGAAUUGAUGUUGGUGCCUUAAUGUCUUCUUGGACACAACAAGUUGGUUUUCCUUUGGUAACUGUCCAAGAAAAAAUUUUGGAUGGUGAUAAACGUGAAUUGACUUUAAAACAAAGACGUUUUCUAAUUGAUGGCAGUAUCGAUGAAAAUAAACCAGUUUGGCAAAUUCCAGUUUCUGUAACUGUUCGAUCUGAUCCUUCAAAGCCUGCGGCAAAGUUUUUAUUAACCAAAGAAGAAGAUAAAUUUGUUAUUGAGGGUGUCAAUUCAAACUUCUCUUCUUUCUUUCGAGUCUUCUAUCCAGACGAAAUGUUAAAAAAGCUUCUUCAAGGAAUUCAAGACAAAGAACUUGAUGUUAUUGAUAGAUUUCAGAUUGCUGAUGACCUUUUUGCUGUGAUAUCUGCUGGACAUCUCCCGAUUUCACAAUUUCUCGACUUCUUUUCUGUCUGUGAUAAAGAAGAUGACUUGAUUGUUUGGCAAUCUAUUGCUACAGGUUUAGCGAAAAUUAGACAACUUGUUGCAAAUAUGAAUGAUGUUGAACUGAAAGAUAAAUUUAAUCGCUUUGUUUGUAAAGUUAUUGAACCUGUUGCUGAGCGUUUUGGAUGGGAGCCAAAGAAAGGAGAAGAUAUGCAAACUUCCCAAUUGCGUCCAUUGUUAAUUGGGAUGCUAUCCCGUUCCCAGCACCUUCCAACAAUCGAAAUUGCAUUAAACAAAUUUAAUGAACAUGUUGAAAAAGGCACCGAAUUAGUGCCUGAGCUACGAACGACUAUAUUUCAAACUGCUGGCCGUUCUAAUGAUGAGAAAAUAAUUUUGGCUUUGCAGAAGAUAUUAACAACUUGCAACUUCUCUGAAGUUGAGAUUGCAUGUAUUGCUGGUUUGUUUUUAAAUUUUGUCAUAGUUCUGAAAUUUUUGAUUAUUAAUGUAUUUAUGUUUAUAGCUCUUGGCCAAUGCACUGACGUUAAACUUUUGGAAAAAGUAUUUGAACAUGGAAUUCUUGACAGAAAUAUUAGAAGUCAAGACGUUUUUUAUUUAUUCGGCUCCGUUAAUUCGUCUGCCGACUCUGCUGCUCAACGUUUUCUUUGGAACUUUUUUAAGGAUAAUUUGAAGUUAUUAAUGCUGUAUUGGGAGCCGUCUUCGUCUUUGUUUCAAAGAUGCCUUUUAUGGAGUGCAGAUAAUUUCUGUACAUCUUCCGAUGCUGAUGACAUUCAGAAGUUUUGUAAAGAAAAUUUUACUGAACGCGUUCUGGAAACAUUGGAUAAUACAAUUUCUCGUGUGUUAGAACAAAUAAAAUUAAAUGGUGAAUUUAUGAAGAACAAUUCAAAAUGUUUGAAAGAAUAUCUUCAAGCUGCCGGAUUUUAG